GCAGUUGUUGGCACAGCAUUGGUUUCUGUCAGCCACUGCUGUCAAUUGGCAGAGAAUUGGUCUCUGUGAGCGACUCCUGAACUCGCAAAGCAUUGGUCUUUUUGCGAGGGACUCCGGAACUCUCAGAACAUUGGUUUGUGCCAGGGACUCCGGAACUCGCAAAGCAUUGGUCUUUGCGAGGGAGUCCUGAAUUUCCUUUGAAGGUAAAGAUUGACUCAAAUUGUACUUUCUGGUUUUGUCCCAUCUGUGCUCUGAAAGAGAAUGCCACAGGGAGAUACAGGAUGGUGGCAUGUACAGCUGAGGGGAUGAACAAUAGAUGGUCUACUGAUGGUGCUUUUUGCUCACUGAACAAAUGCAACAUUUCCUAAGUACACUAGUUUAUAGAGUUUUUCCUGUAGUAUUUAUUUAAACUACUUAUAGGUGAGUGAGUUCUGUUCAAAUUUCAGUGGGUUGUUAUGAUCUGGUUAUUAAAAUGUUUAAGGAGGUGCCCCUGAAUUAAGGUGCAAAAUGAGACCAUCUGCCAAAGUGGAUAGUCUGGAUUUUAUGUAACAGUAAAUGUGAGGAAGAGAGAGGGAGAAAGAAAUAGAAAAAGGAGGGGGGGACGGAGGUUGAUGGGAAGGGGGCAUGAAAGAGAGUGACAGAGACAGAUUUAGUAGAAAAGAUCACCAUUCCAUGGAUCCCAUCCCAUCCCAUUCAAUCCUCUUCUGGUCUUCUCUGUGGUGAGGUUUCGCAAAAUGUAAGACUCCAAUGGAUGAAUGCGGAUUUGGGCAAGGUGGGACAGCCCAGGUACCUCCCUGGGGAAGGGCAAGUUGGGCUCUGUCUUUUGCUACUUUCAAAUAAUAUACAUUGUUAGCACCAGUAUAUCCUUUGAGUCUGCCACGAAUUGGGCAGUGGAUUUUCGGAUCUGUUGUGUUACUUUGCAUGCCAUGCAGUCAUCUGGUGCAAGGCCUCAGAAAUGGCUCUGGGGGCACUUUGGGGGUCUUUGAUGGGCUAUGACACCCCCUGAGCUGCCCCUGAUGGGAAUGUCCCCUGGAUGUGGCCUUCUGGGGGUGGGGGUUGUAGAGCUGAGCCAGUUUGUGUGAGGGAGGAUGGGUGUCCACUGCCCCUUACCAGAGGUUGUGCCACAGACCCAAAAUUUCCUCCUGCCCCUCUGUUGAUGGGAGGUGUGUGUGCAAACCUGGCCUCAGCAGAGGAGUCUGUGGCUGUGACUUGCCCAGCCUGAAGGCAGACAGAGCUGAUUUUCAGGACAGCUGCUGGCUGUGGCUAUGGUGUGGAUCUAUUUUUCUCCCUUGGCCUUGUUCACUUCUCCCGAGACCUGAGCUAAUGGGGCAAUAGUGUCACCUUUAUCUUGCCUCAAGUUCCCAUGUGGGCCUUAACUCCCAGUCCCAAGUUCCAGUCAGGAGGCAUUUUCAGGGAAGGGUGGGCUUGGGUGCUCUCAGCUUCUUUGUACAGUUUUGUCACAAUUGGAAAAAAGUCCUUUGUAGCAAUAUUUAAGCCAUGAGCCAUAACAUUGCAGUCUCUCCCAAGUCCAGUGAGGAGCAGCUGAGAGAGCAGGGGUUGUUUAGCCUAAAGAAGAGGAGGUCCACUCAAGCUGGUUUUAAGUAAUAUUUAAGCUACAGCUUUGUCUGUUCUAAGUAUUAUUAAUGUUCAGCUUUUUAGCUCCAGAUUUCAGCAAGAUCCAUUUUUGAAUUGCACAAGGGAGCCAUCUAGUCCAAAUAAAGUCCAACUAGAGGCCUAACAAUACUAGCUACUUAUGCCAAGCAAGCACUUAGCUACUUUCAAAUGAUAUAAAAUGUUUAGCAGCAGUGUAUGCCUUGAGUCUGCCACGAAUUGGGUUCUGGAUUUUCAGAGUUCCAUUGUUGCUCCUUCCAGUUUUGCUGAGGCCUUGUUGCUCCUCUGUGACACCCUCCCUUCAGAAUGGCUUCUGGAUUCCCGAAAAAGACACCGACACCUCGUCUUUUGCUGAGGGAAAGACUGCAGCCUAGCACUCUGCUUCCCUCUAAGUUCCAGCAGGAGAAGUUUCUCAGCACAAAGAAGGAGGCCAGCACUGGGGGGAGUAUUCUGCCCAGAAUUGGCCCAUGGAUAGACCUGAGCAAGAAUGGUCCAAAGCUGCCGUCAGCUGCCCCGAAACAGAGCUUGUUUCAGGUUUCCCCACCAGAGAUGGUGUUUCAGAACUUCGUGGCUCGGGAGGUCUCUGAAAUGGUGCUGUCUGUGACGAAUAAGGACAAGAUUCCUCGGCUGGUGAAGGUGUGCAUGGAGAGCUGCCCUUAUUUCCAGCUGGCGUGCCCCAGGGGUGUGUACCACACGGUGCCAGCAGGCACCUCUGCCCCGUGCGCAUCCACUUCAGCCCCUAGGAGAACAAGGAUUAUUCCCACGAGCUCACCUGCAUCACUACAAGGGGAAGGAUAGUGGUGCCAAUUCGGGCCAUUGCUGCCCGAGCUGUCCUGGACUUCCCUGAGCAGCUGGACUUCUCCAGGUGUCCAGUCAAGAGCAGCAGCCAGAAGACUCUGCUGCUCCACAACUCUGGGAACCUGGAAGCUCGUUUCCAGCUGAGCACC